ACUUACUGCGCAGGCUCGACCAUUCUCUCAUCCGGGCACCUUCCUUCUUGGUCGAUCUUGAGUCGGAAAGUAGGCGACGAAUUGAUCUUCUGUUCUCUCUCUAUCUCUUCGCUUUUCUUCGAAGAAGAUCAACGAUGGCGGAUGAUAAAGGACCGUUUAGUAAGCCACAACCUAAUUUGACAAAAUGGCAAGGUUGUAAACAAUUUUUAUGGAAUUCCGAUACGAAAGAAUGCCUAGGGAGAACUGGAAUGAGUUGGUUGAAAAUUACAGUAUUCUAUAUAAUAUUUUAUUCCUGUUUGGCUGCCUUUUGGACUGUUAUGCUCAUUAUAUUUUAUCAAACACUGAGCAGUAGUGAACCUAGAUGGCAAUUAGACAGUAGUAGAAUUGGUUCAAGUCCUGGAUUAGGCUUUCGUCCACGUCCACCUGAAGCUAACAUAGAUAGCACUUUGAUAUGGUUUAAUGCAGAUGAACAAGAAACAAUUAAUCACUGGGUGGAGAAUUUAGAAGAAUUUCUGAAACCAUAUAAAUCACAGCGCAAUGUAAGCAGCUGCAGCAUAGACCAAGGACCAGGAGAUGACAAAACUUGUUAUUUCUCUAUUGACAAAAUUAGUGAUAAGUGUUCCAAAAGCAGUUCUUAUGGCUAUCCUGCUCGUACACCAUGUGUCCUUAUUAAGUUGAAUAGGAUUUAUAAUUGGGUUCCAGAGCCAUAUCAAAAUGCUUCAGACUUGCCAUCUGGGAUACCUGAAGAUAUAAAAAUGAUUUAUUCACCAGAUUAUGUAUGGAUUUCUUGUGUAGGAGAGAAUGCAGCAGACAAAGAUAACAUUGGUGACGUUGAGUAUCUACCUCAACAGGGUAUUUCAGUAAAAUUCUUCCCGUUCAAGAAUCAAAAGGAAUAUCUUUCUCCAUUUGUUUUUGUUCGCUUCAAGGAUAUAGCAAAAAAUGUUUUAGUGAAUAUUGAAUGUAAAGCUUGGGCUAAAAACAUCAAAUAUGAUAGAGGAGAUCGUUUAGGAAGUGUACAUUUUGAAUUAUUGGUGGAUUAGAAUUUAUUAUAAACAGUGUCAUUCAUCUGCUUAGUUGAUUUGCCAGCUUCACCUUUGUCUUUUUUCUCUUGUUCUCGUAUGGUCAUUUUUUAUAUGGAGACAAAAUAGCUUUAAUUCGUCGUCUUCCAUAUUUAGAUAUUUCAAAUUUGGAUAAUGUUUCUAAUUUCCAUAAAUGUUUUCUGUUAAGUCUUUUAAUCAGGACAUAUAUUUAAAAUCAAAAUGAUCAAAUAUAUAAUGUACAGAUUAUUUAGAGUAGCUUAAAAUCAAACUAGCAUGUUUAAGAAUUAUUAUUUUUGUUGCUCAGAUAUAAACUGGAGUAUUGUUCCAGUCUGUACUGGUAUUUUAUCACCAAAAAAGGUGCUGCAUUUAAUCAUUUGCUCAGAUAGAGCAGAUGUGCGAUAAUCAUCUGACCUUCAGUCACAAGAAACAAUCCAGUCAAAUAUAUUUAAAGAGGGUCAGAUAAUUCUAAGCACAAUUUUUACAGGUGGGCAUUCUUCCACAAAAUAAUGAUCUGCCAGAAAAAUAGUGUUCAGGAUUAAAUGUAUUGUGAAAUCAGUUCUGUAUUAUCAAAAAAGUUAUUAUUAAAGCCACAAAAAUUGAAAUCCAGAUAUAUUCUGAAAUAUUUAGAAGUUGUUCCAUUAGUGUUUUUGUGUAAAAUUUCUGUGAAAUAGCAAAAUAAUAGAUUUUAAUGGAAAAAAUGAGAAUUUCUAUUAGUUAUAGUCUGAUCUGAAGAGAUACAAAAGUGUUACUUUAUCUGCAGGUUUGUAGCCAAAUUGUCCCUGCCAAUGUAAAGAGAUGGCUAUCCGUUUAGGGGCCAUGUAAUAUAUAUAUAUAGAAAUAUAUAAAAUAAAAAAAAUAUAUAUAUAUAAAUAAAAAUAUAUAUUAUAUAUAUAAAAAUAAGACAAAAAAAGAUUCCUUACUUUAGAUAAAAUAGAAUGUAAAGAUGUGGUUAUUAUAAAUUUCUGUUAAUCUUUGAUGUUAAAGUUUUAGUUUUUAAUGCCUUUCAGGCAAAUAUAAUCAACUGUGCUUCCCCAGAUGAAUCAACAGUAUUAGUCGGAUUAUAGGGACUUGGAUAAAAAUCAGCAGAGUACUUCACAAGACGUCUGCAAUCUCCAAGCUUUUACAAAAAGGUGAAAUUGGCCAGAUCUAUAUAUUUAUCAUAAAUACCAUUUUGAUUUUCUUCCCUUUCUACUGUUAAGAAGCCUGGCAAACAAUAGUCUAGAGGACAAACUAUGCACAAAGUUAGGGCUAGAUGGAAAGCUUUGUGUUCAAAGAUCAUCAGAAUAUUCAUCAGAUCUAUGUUAUAUUACAAAGCUUUGCUAUAUAACAGUGCUGUUUCAUGGCCAAAAGACAUUAGUCCUCACCAUGUGGGGAAUAAGCACUGUUUAAUAGUAUAUUGGACAAUUGUUGGUUGUAGUGAGAGUAUGAAUAAAAAAGAAAAUAUGGAAUGGAUUACUUUCUUUUAAGAUUUAAUUUUCACAGUUACAAAAGUGAAUUUUGAUUGUUUAUAAAUUAUUUUUACCUAUAAUAAAUGUUUUAUGAAAUUUGACAAAUCCAUAAAUAAAGUAAUGUACUGUA